AGAAACACACACACACCCACCCAUCCAUUGGUCUUCCAUGUCCUAAUUGACUCCUAAACCGUAACUGCCAAGCAUAGAUGCUAUUUGCUCAUACGUUUGGCAUGCAUCCAUGACCACUAAAUUCCAAUGCUAGUAGUGACUGCUAACCUCAUCUCGAGGCAGGUUCUCCCCAACUUGGAAACCAACAGCCUCUUCCUCUUCCUCUUGUCACGCCAAGUAACACAGCAAGAAAGCGAAGCCAAUCCAUAUCGGAAGGAAGGACAGGUUGAUUAGUCAGUCGGUGUCUUUGCGUGUGUGCAAGGGAGCAACAAGUACCUUGCCAUGGGCCAGGAGGAAGCCACGCUGAUGCCGGCCACCGUGGUCUUCUCAGGGGAGCCAAUCACGACGCCCGUGGAAGCCCCUGACACGCUGCCAGAGAGCCCGAGGAAGGCGAAGGCCCCGGCGCGCUGGCUCUCCGUGCCACCGCCGCCGGGCCGGCCAAGGACCAUGCCGAUGCAGGGGGCGAGGAGCUUCUCGAGGGCCCGCGCCGUCCGGCCGGAGGAUGACCCGUUCCUCGCCGCGUACCUGGCUUGCACUAAGAGCAGUGGCAGGAGAGGCGGGACGGACGGCGGUGCCGGCUCCCGGCCGGAGCCCAAGGGCCGGAGGCGGUUCACGUGGGUCGGGCUCGGGCUCUCCUGCAAGGGCUCCGGUGGAGCUGUGGAGCAGAGCAUGGUGAAGGUGGCUAAACGGCCGGAGGUGGAUCCUAGAGAUGAUUAAUCGACCACUCCAUCUUCUCUUUUCAUCUCUUGUAUGUUUGUUGCUAGUGCUGUUUCGUUGCUCUAAGUUUGGUUACUAGAAUCAAUUAGAGAGUGAAGACAUACGAACGAAAAAAAUGUGUGUUUUAUGUUUGGUGAAGGAAGCAUCGUUUGUGAAAAGAGAUCGAUUUGCAAUCUCAUCUUCUUUUUAGGUUCAGAUUAUGUGUGAGUUGCAUGUUUCUCUGUCCACGAUGUCGAUCCCUCACCUCCUUUUCAUUUAGGUAGAUGGAUUGCCUUAGCUUCUGACAGGAAAUGCAUCUGUGUGCUAUGACUGUGAGUGCCAACUUGAUAAAGGCAGAGAUUGGCUGAGACUGUAACCAUUGAUCGUUGUCUGUUGUA